CCUUUUUCCAGGGACAUGCCAACCAUGACGAGAAUGCAUCGCCACUCCAGCUCCAGUGCCGUGGUGGAGGAGAAUCGCGGUAGGAGAAGAGGCGGCCCUGGAUCUGGCGACGCCAACAAGGAGAACUUUGGCGUCCAUUUCAUGAGCAGUCCUUUCGGCAACGCCAGCCUGAUUGCCCUCCAGGAUCUGAGCAAUGUCCACGGCAAGAGCCCGCAGCGGAGGAGCUUCAGCGAAGGCAGUGGUCCCCGCCAGGCCACGCCCCAAUUGGCGGCACUGAGGAGCUGCCUGCCCCGCAGCGGUGUCGGUGUUGGUGGGGGCGCCGCUCUGGAGGACUCGCAGCUCUCGUCCUCGCGAAUGGGCGACACCACCCUGGACCGUAUGCUGGAUGCCAUUAUCGAAUCAGCCCGGAAGGAGGUGCGCUACAAGCCAAAUGUGGUUGCCGCGACAACCGCAGCUGCAACCACCACCAGCACCACCACUCUUCUCCCUGAGAACGCCGAAUGGAGUGAGACCAGUGUCCACGAGAUGGAAGUCCGCACUCCCACCCACUUGAAGCGUCAGCGGGUGGUGCGGCGCAAGAAUCCCCACAAGACCACCGGCCCCACCGGGGGGCAUCGCACCACCAGCUCUACCAGCACCACCAUCACCGCCACCGAGGCUCUCCAGAAACUAGAGCACAUUCCCAGCACGAAGCGGUGCCUGAGCUUCUCUUCCAGCUCGAACUCCAGCGACCUGGAAGUCGAGGAGGAGGAGGAGGAGGACCAGCAGGUGGCCAAGAGGGGAUCCCUGGCCACGCCCCCCUCCCACAGCACCACCACGAGCAGCAACAGCAGCAGCUCUGGCAACACCACAGGCAGUGGGGCAACUGAUUUCGGAGAAGCCACUCCGCGGGGCAGCAUCGAUCUGAGCAUUUUUUACGACGCCAAGGAGCAGAAGCUGAAUGUUCAUGUGAUUCGGUGUCGGGACUUGCAACGUUCUCAUGGCGGCAACGGUGGCAGCAUCAAUGCCUACGUCAAGGUGGCUCUGUCCGGUGGAUCCGGAUACGGAUACGGAUCCGGUUCGGGUUCCGGCUCCGGAUCGAGUGGCCAGCGAGACCAGCGCACCGCCGUCCACCGGCACUCGAGUCGUCCCUACUUCGACCAGCGGUUCAGUUUCCCGAUUUCCGGUGGCGAUUUCAAGGAUAACGACUGGGCGGAGCAGAGCCUCCAGCUGGCAGUGUGGCACCGAGAUCGCCAUUUAAAACGCAGCGAGUUCCUGGGCUGCAGCACUUUUCCUUUGAGCGAACUACUGCAGCCGCACGCCGGCACCACGGCCGGUUCCUACAAGCUGCAGGCGCAGGGAUGUCCGCCUAGCCACCGCCAGAGUCGCGAGAACCAGCACCACCAGAAUCAUCAGAGUCACCACACCAAUCAGAACGCAUCCGUAUCCGCGUCCACCACCAAUCCCGGUGAGAAUCCGGCGAAGGCAGGAGGAGAGGAGCGAGAGAAUAGCACGGAAAUGGCUGCCAUUACAGCAACGCCACAGAAGGCAGCGGCAACCGCCGGAACUGGCACUGGAUCUAUAUCCGUUUCGGGAUCAACUGCCGCCGCCCUGACCCUCAACGACGAGGUGAUCAGCAUCAGCAUCGACGGAGAUCCCAACCAGCAGGCCGGCCAGCAACCGAUGCGGCUCAGCAAGAAGGCCCUCCACCAGCGCGACGCCGACGAGAAUCUCUUCCUGAGAUUCCUGGAACUGGAUCCGCCGGCGGACGGGAAUGCCAACAGUACGACUGUGGGCGCUUCCGGCGACAAGACGGCCAACUCGUCCUCGAACGCCAAGGCCAAUGAGAGCAAUGCCAACCACUUGAACGGCUCCGCCAGUCGAAGACAGUCCACCAUGCCGAACAGCACCACUGGCACCGGAGGAGGAGGCAGUGGCUCUGGAAGGCAAACCGGAAGAACACCCUUUACGAUGACCAAGCGACUGACCAGAACCGAGGAGCGAGGCUUCGGGUUCUCGAUUGUUUGGACCCAUCCGCCCCGGGUGGAGAAAGUGGAGGCGGGCCUAUCGGCGGACAGGUGCGGCAUCCUGCCCGGCGACUAUGUGAUCUUUGUGGACAUGCACAAUGUGGUCACGAUGCCCGAGGCUGAUGUUCUGAACUUGAUACGAUCGCAGGGCUCGGCCUUGACGUUGGAGAUUUUCAGAAGGUCAGGCGCGGGCGCCACCACAAUCUCGACGGCCGCCACCGCCACCGCCAUCGCCGCCGCACCCACGAAGAAGAUCUACGGCCUGGAUGCCGGCAUCGGUAUUGGCAUCGGUGUGGAGGACCCACUAAUAACCACCAGCCUGAGUACCACCAGCACCGCUCAUCCCCAGGGCGUUGUGAGCCUGCAGAGGAGUGCCAGUUCGAGGGUCCAGACGGCGGCCAUCAGUCGUCCGGCCACCGCCUGCUCCGGCACCACGUCCUCCAUCGAGGCCGCCAAGCGGCGGCUCCACCUGCCCCAGGUCACCUUCAGCAAGGAGUCCAUUGUGCCUAUCACGGACAAUCGGAGGCGGUUCCUGCUUCAGCUGAUCAGCCGGGAGCAGAACUUCACGGCCGCCCUGCACUUUGGCCUCCAGCGCUUCGUCCAGCCGUUGGUGGAGCGCAAGGACCUCAUAUCGCCGAACGACCACCGCACCCUGUUCCAGAACAUUGACGAACUCCUGCGCAUCGCCGAGGAUAUCCUGGAGCAGCUGUGCAGCAGCGAGCAGCAGGACCAGGAUCAGCCGCAGAUGAACUUCGCCUCGAGAGUGUACCUCUCGAAGACCACUGCGAUCUGCGCCGCCUACAAGAAGUACUGCAACGGCAUCAAGCGGGCGGACUGUGUCCUGGUGAACAAGUCCCGGCAGACGGGCUCCGAGUUCAUUGCCUUCAUCACGGAGCCGGCGGUGCCCCGGAAGAGGCCCGAUCUCACCAUGUUCAUCCACCGGCCGCUGCAGCACUUCCGGGAGAUCCUCAAGCUGAUGCAGCUCCUGGCCGGUAACUGUCACGUGGACACCGAGGAGCACAAGAACUUCAGCACGGUGAUCGCCGAACUCCAGGCCGCCUACCGAGAGAUCACUGUAAGCAGCGGUCUCAUGGAGCCCCUGGGCGAGGGCCGACCGCUCCUUACACUGCAGGACCUGGAGUCGCGAAUGGUCUUCACCAAGUGCAAGCCCUUCACGCUGGCCGUGCAGGGCCGCCAGUGGAUCUUCGGCGGAGACCUGUCCCGCGUCGAGGGCCGAUCGGUGAAGCCCUACUGGACGCUGCUCUUCAGCGACAUCAUUGUCUUUGCCAAGGUCAGCCGGGAUCGGGUGCUCUUCAUCACCGAGGAGCCCAUACCCAUUGCCAAUGUGGUGGACUCCUGCUUCCACAUGCGCAAGAAGACCACCGAGUUCCGUCUGACUGUGGAUCCCAAUGGCCGUCUGGCCGAGAGCCCCACUGGCUACUGUGCCCCGGAUCUCACCCGCACCCCGAAGAGAGGAGCCCGGCGGAAGAGCCUCAUCCUGAGAGCUCCCUCCCUGGAGCUGAAGGCUGUCUGGCAGAAUCUGUUGCAGCGUCAGAUAUUUCUGGUGAAUGCCGCCCUGGGAUCGACGCCUUUAUCCAGUCCGUUGGACUCACCGGACGUCCUAAACACCCUCGUGCCCCUGAGCGACAUCGGCCUGACCUCCGCCUCGAUGGGAUCGAUGAAGCUGCCGUCGCUGGACAGCAUACACCUGAAGCAGCAGCAGAAACAGCAGCAGCGCAGCAAUAAUUCCCAUACAGCGGCCACCGAUCGAUCCGUGGAUCGGUCCCACGGCCACUCCCACAGCGGCCACAGCGGCCAUGCCGUGGAGCAGAUCGAGCUGCUGAUCGACGAGAAGUGCCGCAUCCUGAACAAGACCGGGACACCCAAGUCGAGUGCCCUGCACCUGGCCAACUGGAUGAAGGGUCAGCUGGACAAGCAGCAGCAGCAGGCUCGUCUGGCGGCCAUCGCCAGGUCGCAGGAGAACGUCAGUGCCGAGGACGAGCAGUUGAUAUUUAAUAGCGAUAGCGAGCAGGACGAAAGGAUCACCUACUGGACGCGCCAGCAGCUGGAGAAGCGUACCAAGGAGCUCAAUCUGGCCAAGGAGAACGGCGGACUGUCGGCCAAGCCGAAUUUUGGCGGGAAACGCCUCAGCGGAGUGGAGGAGCUCAGCAUGAGUGCCACCUCGGACAUCUAUUCCACCACGUCGGAGGCCGAGGGCGUGACGAGUCAGAUCAGUCAGUCGCACAGCACAACGUCGGAUAGUCAGAUCACCGUUCGCUCGAGUCCCAUUGUCCUGGACAAGCUGGCCGUGUGCCGGCACUGCCACAAGAACUGCCAGCAAAGUGGCGGUGGGGCAGUGCGUCCUGGUGGCGUCAACACGUCCAGCUCCACGCCCGUCCUCCUCUGCAACUCCCUGAAGGUGCAGCACAGCCAGUCCUCCCCGAAUCGGUGCUGCAAGGCGGCCGGGGAGAAUGGCGUCGAGAAAAGAUCAGAGACCAGAACUGGCACCAGGACGGGAACGGAGACCGGGACGGGCAGCAUGACCAGCAUGUCCAGUAGCACAAUAACCGGGGAGUUCUCAUCCAAAGUAGUGGCUAGCAGCAGUCGCCGGGAGACCGGCGACACGGAGAGCGAUGUCGCCCAACUGAUCACCGACGAAAUCUCGAUCUCCCAAUCAGAGGCGACGGAUGACAGUGUUGGGGCGAUCCCGAACAGCAGCAGCAGUGCCGGUGAUUCCAAACUACGUCAUCUAGAACAGAAUACAGUCACAGCCACCACAGCUAGUCCAUCCCUGCCCAAUGGUCACUGUAGUGGGGGAACUGGGGGUUCGCCCAAGCCACUGCCACCGCCCCGUCGCACCCGAAUCGUGGCCCAGAUGUGCCAGGAGCCGGCCCGGCCCAAGGCCAACCAGCAGGUGAAGGCCAUUGUCACCAUAACGGAGACGGCCCGCAUCAUGCGGAGCAGUCCCACAAAGGGAUCGAGCUCCGUGGGCGGAUCACCGGCCAAGUACUCGGCCUGCCACUGUCGAUGCCAGCCGGAGGACUUCACCAACGCCCAGCUCUCGCCGGACAAGAUGGAGCACCAGACCUGCAAGCUCCUCGAAUCCCCCAAGCAAACAGCCACCACCAUGAAGCAGCAGCAGGAGAAGCAGGAGGACGAGCAGCUGUCCCUCAUGCUCAUCGGCCUGGCCCAGUUCGCGCCGGCGGCCAAGCUUUGCGGCCAGGACCGGAUGGCCAAGGAGGAGAAGAGCCUGAGCAGCAGCACGCCCACCAUAGCGGUGGUGCCGCCCACUCCCGACGCCGUGCUCACGAAGACCACCACCCACGUGUGGGACAACAGCGGCUGCUCCUCGAACGGCACGGGCACGGCCACCACCAGCACCGCCACCACCACCACCAAGCAGCCCCGGCAGGCCAUCAUCGAGAACAUACCCGAGGAUUCGUGCGACGAGUCGCCCCUGGACGAGGAGCCCCCCUACCGGCCCAUGAGCAGUGCCCUGCGGCGCUUCGGCACGAUGUCCAGCCUGGAGAAGCUGCCCUCCGACGAUCGGAUGGACGAGGCCGACGAGCUGGACGACGACCUGGAGCCCUACACCUCCAACGGUCAUGGAUCUCCACCGCAGAACGACGAGGAUGACGAGGAGGAGGCCCGCUCGGACAAGGCUCUGGUGCAGAACGAUCUGGGAGGCGCCAGUUCCUCGUCGGGCAUCCUCGUCAAUGGCGAUGUCCUGGCCAGCGGGGCCUGGACGAACCGGGCCGGUGCCUUUGUCUCCGACAAGAUGUCCUUCUUCGAGGAGUCGCGGGCCUUCAUCGACAAGUACCUGGGCCGAUGGAACGCCGGGGAGGCCCAGCAGCAGACGCAGCAGCAGUCGCACCACCAGCCCGGAACCGCUUCGGAGACGGACGAGCAGAUGGACGAGUGCACCUCGGGAGCCACCAGCGGCGAGGAGGUGUGGGGCACACCCACCAGCGGCGGAGACAACGACGACCAGGACAUGCAGCUGAUAAACUCGGAGAACACCCAUUCGUCGCCCACCAAGUCGAGCACCUCUCUGAACGAUGACGACGACACGGAACUGAUGAUGGACGAACUACUGAUGGCCCCACCGAUGACGGCCAGCACGAUCCGAGGACUUCUGCCACGCUUUUACAGACGUCGACUUGAGCCAUUAUUCGAGGAAGAGACGGAGAGCGACGAAGAGAAGACGCAGCAGGACAGCGACGACGUCAAAAAGGGGGAAGCAACGACCAAUGGCCACUACCUAGAGGAUUCGGCUGGAAGUUCAAGCGACAGCGAGGUGGAGGCAGUGCCUGUGGCGGAGGUAGUCCCACAACCAGUUCCAGUCCCAGUUGUGCCGGAUCUGGAGGAGGAUCCAGCGGAGCAGCUGCUGCAGGAGGAGCAACCGGAGCCACUGCAUCCGAUGGUGAUGGGGCCACGUCCUUUGGUCACCACUCGUUUACUACCCACCACGGCCAUUACCACGCAAGUGGAUCGCGUCCUGGAUCCUCCAGUGGCCUCAUCCUGCGAGUAUCUGCUCGAUCAGCGCCGAUCCGACGCCAUCGUGGCGUCCGCGGAGAGAUCUCAGAUGCCAGCAGCGAUGCCGGCAGUGACGGGGAUGAGUACGGCGAUCGGAUCGACGACGACGACGACGACGAUGACGAUGACGACGAGGACGACGAUGAUGAGGGCAACAACCACAACGACGACGACGACGACGAUGCCGAGUCGAGCUCCCUCAUCGACUACUACAACAAUCAGCAGCGGGAGCGGCACUACCAGCUCCGGCGGCAGAGCCAGCGGCAGGCCAGCGGCGAAGUUCGUCCCUCCUCCGCCGCCUCCGCGACGUUUGCUUCUCACGCAGACAGAUCUAAGCGCUGCCAAGGUCAAAACGGAGCCACCUCAAAGAAAAUCUGGCGGUACUGCUGACAGUGGCUCUUCGGCGGCUGCCGACGUCGCCGCCAGCGUUUCGGGCCCAACCGGUACCGGGUCAAGGACAAUGCCAGCCACGGCGAGUACCAGCAGCUCGGCGGGAGUGGUGGCGGGACGGGGCAAGGCGGAAGCAGGUCCUGCGGCGGCAGCAAAACGACCAUCCUCAACGAUAAUCGAGACCUGCCUGCUGGGGGCGCCCCGACGCGGGCCCUCAACCUUAGCCUCAGCAACUUCAUCAGCAACAGCCUCGAAGACGGCAAAGUCGAGCCAGCCGAAGCAGGAGCCACGGGAGCCAGUGGGGCAAGCGCAGAGCAGCCAGGAUGCAGUGGCGCCACAGCCGCCGCCGCCGGCAGCAGUGGCGGCCGACGCAGCCGCUCCUCGUUCGGCGGCCGCUGCCCCAAUGCCCCACGCUGGCUGCGGCCUAAGCCCAAGGCUGGAAAUGCGACUGGCCCUCAACCACGACAUCCUCGGGGACGAGGACUUGAUCUGCUACGAGCCUGGUCCCGAUCUAACAACUAUUCUGGGGCACGACCUCUCCACAUUUCAUCGUCUGACGGGGCGCGAUUUAUUGAGUCGUUCAGCCACGAACCGGGUGCAGCCAAAAGAGGCUGUCAUAUCGUUCUCUCAACAACGCAACUCAAAGAUGGACACCCCGACGGUGAACCGCCGGGGCCGCCCCCUCUCGGUGGGCGGCGGCAACACGAACACCACCAGUCGCAGCAGCAGCAGUCACGGCAGUCCUCUCGCCGCUGGUUCAGUUCGUGCCGCCGGCCAAGCGGGAGUCCAUCAGCAGCAGCACCAGCAGCUGGCACAUCAUCAUCAGCAACAGCAGGUGGGGGCACCACCACCAGCAUACGGUACAUGGAGCGGUUCUGGAUAUGCGGGUCGAGCAGGCGGCGGGAGCGGAAGCGGCGCCGGCAACAGCUCCGCCUGCAACUCCAACAGAGGCGGGAGCAAAUUAGGCGAUCUGGAAAUCUUGGCGAGGCGCGAGAAGAUAUACUGCACGUCUCGAUCGAGGAGUGGCUCUCAAGUCAGGGAGACAUCCACAAUGUCCUCAACGACCUUGGUGGCGAUGGCUUCCGAACUGGCAGCGGAAUCGGGCACGGGCACGGGGACGGGGACAGGGACGGCAACGGGAACGGGGAAACGAGACUCUUCCUGGCCGAGCCGAGCAGCUGCAGCAGCCUCACUGACGAGGACGAGGAGUACUACUUCGAUGGACGGAGCGGGAGCCAUCAGUACCACCACCACCACAACAACAAUGACUGAGGCGUUCCUCGAAACGGAGGCCGGCAAAUCGAAGCGAUUGAUAAACUUCAUAAAGCGCCGUAACUCCGAGAUAACCGCCAGUAGCAGCAGCAGCAUCCCCAACUUCUCCGACGGCGCCCAACCGAGCCAGAGUCAGAGCAGCUUGAUGCUCCAGAGGCAGUCGCCGGGCCAGUCGCAGGGUCAGGAAUCAGCGGACAUGGCACAGAUGUCGCCGCGCAAGGAUAACGACAAGCCAUCGCUGAACCGCCGCCUGUGGAAACAGAUCACCAAACGCCGACGCACCAACUCCGUGUCCCAGAUAGUCGCUGGCUAGGGGAGCCCCCAUCCUUAACCCCCUGACACCAUGACACCCUGACACACUCCCAACACUCUGACACACUCUUGACCCUCGUUCCAACUGUGUUCUGUGGGUAGAUUUUAGAGACACUUGCACUUGAGGGGCAGUCGAUGGCUGGAAGUGAGAGAGGAAACUGCAACUGCCAAGCAUAUCAAGGUGGGUUUUUGGUCCUUUAAUCGACUGCCCCACCAAAAAAGGACUGGCAGAAAUCAAAACGAGAGAGAUAGAGAAAGGAGAAAGUUAAUUUAAAGAAAGGAAGAAGGAAGAGGGUUACACUUUAGUAGUAUGUUAAGUUUUUUGAUACGACUUUGUAGCUAGCGAAUCCCCCGGAUCGCCACGAUCCCGGGCAGCUCUAGGCGUCCAAAUUGCGUCCAAAACUGAAAAAAAAAAUACCAAAUAAAUGGAAAAUAAACAUUAAACGAUUCUCCUGCCAACAGAAAAAGCCAAGAGGAACCGAGUCCCAGCCAAACAGAAACUGAAAUAAAGUAAAGAGAAUAAUAUUUAGACAACGAAUGGCACUAAGGCGGCAGUUGGAGAGUGGCAAAGAUCAACAACUACUGGGCACACUUUCGAGCAUUAUGACAUUAACACAAAAAAUCAACAAAAAAUCAACAAAAAACGAGAGAAAAAACAGCAUAAAAAACAUAUAACUUAUUACAUGGAAAAUCCAGCCAAAUGUUUAGGACUUGUAGAAGUUCAUACACAGACUAUAUAUACAGCCGGCAUUCAUAAAAUUCAUAUAUAUUUUUUUUUAGCUUAGCAGUUUCGGGUUUAUGUUGCGGGAUUUAAGAUUUAAAAAAAAAAUGAAUAUGAAGAUAAAAAAUAAGAUGAAUGAUAUGAAAUUGCCUUACGUAUUCAAUGAACUAUUGUAUGGGUAGCUUAACGUAGUAGUCUUUAUAUAUUUACUUACAUUUAAAUUAUACAUUUUUGCGGCAUUUUGCAACUGUCCAUCACAACAGCCUCAGCAGUUUGUAGUUUGUACCAACUAAGUCGUAUAUGAGUAGCUUGUCGGUCGUAAAACAAUUUUUUUAGUACUUAAAUUUCACACUUUUUUCUCAACUAUUUACAAACAAGAAAAAAAUAAUGUAACUUUUGCAUCAGUUAGAUCUUAAAAUACAAGAAGAUAUAGGGAAAAAAAAAGUAACUUGGUAUUGUAGUUCAUUUCACAUUGAAAUUGUAAUUGUAAUUUGUAAUUGUAAUUGAUAUUGAGGGCAGGGGGGGUACUGCAUAUAUACAGGAUAUAUACUGGAUAUAUAAAAUCGAGAAUCGAGAAUCAAGAAAACGAAUCAACACGAAAAUGUCAAGAAUAUAAUUGUUGAACUCGCCAGCGAUGAGCUGGGAAGGAACGCUAACAAAUUAUACGAAUUAAUAAUAAUAACAAACGAUCAAGUACAUUUAUCAGCUUUAAUAGAAAAUCUAAUAUAUAAUAUAUACACUUGAAUCUAAAUAGUUAUAGUCCUAGUUAUAUAAUUGGAUAGUGAGUACCACACGGGAUCGAGUUAUUAUGCAUUUAUCACUCACACAUUCCGCAUUCCGCUCGAGGCAUUCAUUCCAAGAUCCAGCACAUUAUCCACCAUCCAGCAGUGUUUUCCGAUCCGAUUCCGACCUAUUUAGACUUUACAGAACCCCCAGCUCUACCUUUUUUUUGUUGUUGGUUAGUUUUUUGGUCGAAAUUCGUAUUUUAGAGAUGUAGUUGAAAUGCAAACGUGAAUUUUCCUCUUGAAAUUCAAUAAGAAAUUCAAUUAUUUAAAGAACAAACUCCAAAAACAAGCAAAAAGAAAAGCAUCCAAAUAAAUUCAAUAUACAAUAAAUCAAAAUCAAAUAUAAAA